AUUAAUUAUUCUCCAAUCAUUCAUCCUCUUCCUCUACAAAAAUUAGUACCACUUUCACAACAAAACAUUCUUACAACAAAAAAAUAAAUGGAGACUUCAAACUCUAGCUCUAACUCUAACUCUAUCUCAAACUCAAACUCGAACUCAAACUCGAAAAAAGUACAUGCCAUACUAGUAGGUCUUCCUUUACAAGGCCAUGUAAUCCCUUUUGUACAACUAGCAAUAAAGCUAGCAUCAAAGGGAUUCUCCAUUACCUUCAUCAACACCAAGCAUAUCCACCACCAAAUCACCUCCUCCAACGCCUCCGCUUUCGACGGAGGCGAAGAUAUCUUUGUCGAGGCCCGCAGAGGUUCUACGGGCCUCGACAUCGAAUACAUGACCAUCACGGAUGGACUACCCUUAGAAUUUGACCGAUCAUUGAACCAUGAUCAAUGGGUAGGUGCUAAUAUUUAUUGUUUACAAGCUCACUUAGAAGUAGCUGUGUGUAAGAUUGUAACAUCUCGACCAUCAAUUCGUUGUUGUUUGGUUGCUGAUAGUUACUUUGUUUGGGCGUCGAAGUUGGCUAGUAAAUUUGGGUUGGUUCAUGUGUCGUUUUGGACUGAGCCUGCUGUGGUGCUUGAUAUCUACUUUCAUCGUCACUUGCUUAAGGAAAAUGGUCAUAUUGGCCUUGGAUCAAGUGCACGCAAGGAUAUUAUAAACUACAUACCAGGAAUAAGUUCACUUAAAAGAACAGAUUUGACAUCAUAUCUACAAGAAGAGGAUUUAACAACUAUGCAUCCUCAAUACAAUUUUGCAUCUUUGGAUGACACUAGAAAAGCCCAAUUCAUACUAAGUAAUACGGUCCAAGAGCUAGAGGCCCAUACAAUUUCAGCCGUUCAGGCCCAUGUCCCAUUUUAUGCUAUUGGGCCUCUAUUUUCACCCGAGUUCACCAAAAGCCCAGUGACCACUAGCCUAUGGGCCGAGUCAGAUUGCACCCUUUGGUUAGACUCUAAACCUCCUGGUUCAGUUUUAUAUGUUUCUUUUGGUAGCUAUGCACAUAUUGGUAAGGAGGAGCUUGAGGAGAUAGCUAAUGGAAUCAAGCUUAGUGGGGUUAAUUUUCUUUGGGUUAUUCGACCCGAUAUGGUGAGUUCCGAUCACGUGGACCCACUUCCAACAGGGUUCCGGGAUGAGGUUCGUGAUCGAGGGAUGAUUGUGACUUGGACUUGUCAAAAAGAAGUAUUGUCUCAUCAUGCAAUUGGAGGGUUUUUAACGCAUUGUGGUUGGAACUCGGCACUAGAAAGUAUAUGGUGUGAAAUUCCACUUUUGUGUUUUCCGUUGUUAACUGAUCAAUUCACCAACCGAAAACUAAUUGUGGAUGAUUGGAAAAUUGGGUGCAAUCUAUGUGAGGAAAGGCCAGUGACCAAGGAAGAGGUAUUGAUAAAAACAAAGGAUUUGAUAAGUGGAUCUCUAGGGCAUGAGCUACGUGAUAGAAUCAAAGGGAUAAAGAAGGUGUUACAAAAUGCUAUGAUGACUGAAGGAUCCUCGAACAACAAUGUUGAUAGCUUUAUUAAGGAUUUGAAUGUAGCUUUCGAUAAAAAAAAUUAGUCAAGAUUAAAGUUAUGCAUUCUAAAAGAUUAUAUAUACAUUCUUAUGUUAUUUUCUUA